CGAUUGGCUGGCGUGGAGAACCACGUGACUAACGGUCGCGGGAAAGCUGCGGAGUCCGAGGGUCGCGGGGAGCGCGGAGCGGAGCCGAGCCCCCCAGCCCACUCGGUCCGGUCCUGGCGGCCAUGAGUUUCCUGAGCCGGGAGCAGGCGGCGCCCCGGCGGGUGUCGGCCCGGCGGGCGGUGGUGGCGCCGAUCCGGCAGAAGCUGUUGUUCCCGGCCGGCGGCAGCGACUGCGAGGAGGAGGAGGACGAAGAGGAGGAGGAGGAGGAAGGCGGCAACAGCACGGGCGAGGACUCGGCCUUCCAGGAGGCGGACUCGCCGCUCUCCGCCGCGCGUACCCCGGCGCGGCCAGUCCCGCAGCCGCAGUUGCCGCGCCCGCCCGACGGGCCGCCCGGCCGCAUGGAGACGGCGGCGGCGCUGCCUGGGGACGAGGGGGACUCGUGGGAGGAGGAGGGUUUCGGCUCCUCGCCCGUCAAAUCCCCGGGCGGCGCGGCCGCCUCGCCCUCCCCGUCGCCCCUCAAGGGCCGGCGCUGCUGCGGGUGGGCGCCGGGCGUGGCUGGGGGCUCCUCGCCGCUGCCCGACUACCCGGGCACGCCGCCGCACAAGACCUUCCGCAAGCUGCGCCUCUUCGACACGCCGCACACGCCCAAGAGUUUGCUCUCCAAAGCUCAAGGAAUGGGCUCUAGCUCAGUUAAGCUCCGUGUUGGAUCUCUCUUCAUGAACGUUGGGAAAUCAGAAAAACAUGAUCCUGGUAUUAGACAGACGCCUCAUGUGAACAUUAAUCCUUUCACUCCUGACUCUCUGUUCCUUCACGCUUCAGACGGACAAAGUCGCAGAAGAAAAAGAACAUACUGGAAUGACUCUUGUGGGGAGGACAUGGAAGCAAGUGAUUGUGAGCUUGAGGAUGAAACUAUCAGGCCUGCUAAGAGAAUCACAAUUACUGAAAGUAAUAUGAAGUCACGGUAUGCAACAGAAUUUCAUGAGCUGGAGAAGAUUGGGUCUGGAGAAUUUGGUUCUGUGUUUAAAUGUGUAAAAAGGCUGGAUGGCUGUAUCUACGCUAUAAAACGGUCCAAGAAGCCGUUGGCUGGCUCAGUUGAUGAGCAAAAUGCUUUAAGAGAGGUUUAUGCACAUGCAGUUUUGGGACAGCAUUCUCAUGUAGUGAGAUAUUACUCUGCAUGGGCAGAAGAUGAUCACAUGCUUAUACAGAAUGAGUAUUGUAAUGGUGGCAGUUUAGCAGAUGCUAUAAGUGAAAACUAUAGAAAUAUGCGCUACUUUACUGAACCAGAGCUGAAAGAUCUUCUACUUCAGGUAGCUCGUGGCUUAAAAUAUAUUCAUUCAAUGUCUCUAGUACACAUGGAUAUAAAGCCUAGUAAUAUUUUUAUAUCUAGGACAUCAGUUCCAAGUAUGACAUCAGAAGAAGGUGAUGACGACGACUGCUCGUCUGACAGAAUUAUUUUUAAAAUAGGUGACCUUGGUCAUGUAACUAGAAUAUCUAGUCCACAGGUGGAGGAAGGUGAUAGUCGUUUUCUUGCGAAUGAAGUCUUACAAGAGAACUACGCUCACUUGCCAAAAGCUGAUAUUUUCGCUCUUGCUCUAACUGUUGUGUGUGCUGCUGGUGCUGAACCACUUCCAACAAAUGGAGACCGGUGGCAUGAAAUUCGACAAGGAAAACUGCCGAAAAUACCACAAGUUCUUUCUCAAGAAUUCUUGGAAUUGCUGAAAGUUAUGAUUAGUCCAGAUCCAGAAAAAAGACCUUCGGCAGUGGCUCUAGUCAAACAUUCUGUUCUGCUGUCUGCUGCCAAAAAGAGUGCAGAGCAGCUGCGGAUAGAACUGAAUGCUGAGAAGUUUAAAAAUUCACUCUUGCAAAAAGAACUGAAGAAGGCACAAAUGGCAAAAGCUGCAGCAGAAGAGAGAGCGUUAUUCACUGAUCGAAUGAAAACUAGAUCUACAUCCCAGAACAGAACAUCUCGACUCAUUGGGAAAAAAAUGAAUCGCUCAGUUAGUCUUACUAUAUACUGAACUAAUCAAUUCCUAAAGAACUGUUGAAGAAAGGCCACAAUCUUCCUGGACUGAGUUUUUCAGGAGCUGAAGGAAGGGUUCAAGUUCUGGCUUCUUGUCCAGUCUUCAAUCAGUGUCUUAUUUUACAGAAAUAGCUUCUAGUUUUUUUAACUGCAAAAUACAGCUGAUGGCUGUAUUAAAAUAUUGAGGUAGUGGACUCUAUCUGGUCUAUUUGAGGACCUUAGUGUUAAUCCAUAGGCUAUUCAGUUACACUGUUAGAUGUUACACCGUCCCAGGGUUAACCACUAUGGUGGUCUGCUGCUUUUUAGUGUUACAGCAUUGUAAUAAAAGGUAUUUUUCUAACAACCUGUAAAAAUUAAAAUGGGGGGUGGUGAGGUGCUUCAUUGUAAAGUAGAGUGUCUCUGUCACAGAGGGAAGAAGUUUGGAGGAAACUGGCUUAAGGCCACCCACACUCAACAUACCUGAAGUCAGGUAAACUUUUAUUGUGAAUUUUAUUUGUAUAUUCAACUGGGAGCACUUUGUAGGCAUUGCAAAAACCAUGGGACCCCAAGCCUGUGGAAAAGUAUGUGCCAUGUGAAACUGCUGCUAUUAGUUUUUGUCUUCGCUGUAAACAUGUAGCAUUAAAACAAUCAUUGUUGUGUUAAUAGGCUUUCUGUUAAAACAAUUAUGUGGGGGGUGGGAGAAAACCCUAAGCUGCAUUUAGUGAAAGCAGCAUUUUUCUUUGAAGCUAGUGCACUGUGAACUACAUCAGUGCACCAAUUUUUCAAGUCAGAUUCUUUGUAUUAGUGUAGUGCAAUCGUUUAAUGCCUCACCUUGAAUGUUUUUUGUAACUUCUUUUCUAAUGUUGGGGUUUAUCCUCCUCUUCCUUCCUCCAUUCAGUUUCAUGUUUUUUGUUUGUUUGUUUGUUUUUGUGGCAAAUUACAUAUUUUUAUGUUGGAGUUCUUGUACAUAAUUGUAUUAUUUAGUGUAUGUGCUCUGGCUGUUCUUCCUUGAUGUUCAUGUACAUAAUUGUUUGGUCUUGCUCAUAGUAUACUAUACUAAACUGCAGUCAGUGCCAGCAGGAGAAACUUAACUGUUCCAAUUUUAAGUUCUGAACUGAAUAAAAUUUGACUGUCUAAUCACUUGCUCUGAUAUCGUUAACCUGACGUUGUCAAAAUGGAAAUUUCUGUUUUGCUUUUGAAACAAUAGUCCCCAUUUGUGUGUUGUUCUUAAUGGCAUUGAAUUGGAAUAUUAAAGGUCAAAGGUUGA